UUCUUUAUUUAUAAUUUACAAUGUUUACAAAUACUUUACAUUGUUUGUUAAAGAAAUUAAUUACUAAACAAUAUAUUGUUCAAACAAUUUUUCAAAUUCACCAUUAAAACCGAACAAAGAAGUCAACGUCAAUAAAAUAUAGAAACGUCAUAAUCUUGUUAAAAAAUGUUAAAUAUUUUUUUUUCAAUUUCAUGCGUUAAUUCUAAUUAAAUACAUAGGUAAAAUAUAUAAAUUUAUAUAUUGAGUGAUUCUCAAGUGAUAAGAACAACAUUUACAAGAUCUCAAUUAGAUCAGCGUCAGAUUAGUCAUGGAACAUUCGCAAGCGCGCCACAGUAUCACCGGAACCGAACAUCAACCCAGACGGUUGUCCUCGUUUUUACACAUACCGGAAGGAACCUGGCGUGGAUCUUUAAGCAACUUACACAUCCCGAUGUUCUCAGUCACAACACCCGAUGGAGAAAUCUCAAGAAGGUUCAAUUUUGGAUUGAGAAGGCACUCAAACACCACGCUGAAUCGCCCUGAAUCGAUGUUAUCGCUAUGUUAUCGAUCAUUAGCUGGAUAUAUUAACGAUAAUAAUUUUGAAGGAUUACAACAAUUUCUUGAAAGUAAACAAGUGGUGGUAGAUGACAGAGAUGAGAAUGGCGGAACUGCACUUAUGCUCGCAUGUUCAAGAGGACGAGGAAAUUUCGUUAGAGAACUUCUCGCUCAUGGAGCAGAUCCAAACGCGGAGGAUUCAGAUAAUUGGACACCCUUACUUUGUGCGGCUAAAGAAGGCCACACAGAUAUUUGUCGACAGUUAGUUGAUCAUCAAGCUGAAAUUGAACAUCGAGAAAUGGGUGGUUGGAGUGCUUUAAUGUGGGCUACAUACAAAGGUCACACAGAUAUAGUUGAAUUACUUUUAGAGCAUAAAGCAGACGUAAAUGCUCAUGGAAACUAUCAUGUACCAUCACUUUUAUGGGCAGCUGGAAGAGGACGCACUGCAAUCGUCGAAGCAUUAGUGAGUCAUGGAGCGAAAGUAAAUGCUGGUGAUAAAUAUGGGACGACAGCUUUAAUUUGGGGUGCUCGAAAAGGCCAUAUUGAUAUCGUUAGGUGUCUGUUACAAGCUGGUGCUAAUGUUGAUACAGCUGGUAUGUAUUCUUGGACGGCACUUUUAGUUGCAACUCAAGGAAAUCACGAGGAGGUUGUUACGUUAUUGUUGGAACACAAACCGAAUAUAAACGCCUUAGAUAAAGACGGAUGUAGUGCGUUAACUAUUGCCUGUAAAGAAGGUUUUCAUGAAAUCGCUUUAGCAUUAAUUAAUGUUGGUGCUUACAUUAACAUACAGGAUCGAGCUGGUGAUACAAAUUUAAUUCAUGCAGUAAAAGGUGGUCAUCGCCCAAUAGUAGAGACGUUAUUAAAAAAAUAUGCUGAUGUAAAUAUAGCAGGAAAAGAUAGAAAAACAGCAAUUUAUAUAGCAGUUGAGAAAAGUCAAUUUGCGAUAGUAAAAUUACUUUUAAACGCAAAUCCAGAUUUGGAAAUACCCACAAAAGACGGCGAUACCCCGUUACUAAAAGCGGUUAGAUCGCGACAAGCCGACGUCGUGCAACUUUUAAUUGAGAAAAAAGCUAAAGUUGCCGCUUGCGAUAAAAAAGGGGACACCGCUUUACAUAUUGCAAUGAGAGCUCAAUCAAAAACUAUUAUUGAAAUCUUGUUAAGAAAUCCAAAACAUGGACAUUUAUUGUAUAGACCUAAUCGAGCUGGGGAAACUCCCUAUAACAUCGAUAUGAAUCAUCAGAAAACUAUUUUGGGACAGAUUUUCGGUGCUCGAAAAUUAAAUACUAACGAGGAUAACGAAAAUAUGUUGGGUUAUGAUUUGUAUAGUAGUGCGUUAGCUGAUGUUUUAAGUGAACCAUCUUUAUCAAUGCCCAUUACGGUUGGUCUUUAUGCAAAAUGGGGUAGUGGAAAAUCAUUUUUGUUGAGUAAAUUAAGAGAUGAAAUGAAAAAUUUUGCACGCGAAUGGGCUGAUCCAGUAUUUCAAUUCACUUCAUUACUAUUUCUUCUUAUUCUCCAUUUAUCUCUAGUCGUUGGUUGUGUAACUGGUUUAAUUGUAACCAAUUGGAUCUUGGGAAUCUCAGUCGGCGUUGCGUUCUUUUUCAUUUGCUAUUUUUGUAUGGCGAUUGUUUGGUUUUCCAGUAAAAGAUAUGAAUGGGAUUGGCCACAUAAUUUUAAUACGAAAUUAACACGAAAAUUAAACAAUUUGAAAGUAAUUCUUCAAAUUUUAUUUUGCCACCCACCUGGAAAUCAAAGUGGAGAUGAAUCAUCAGCUCAACCAAUUCGUUUUUAUUUCACAGAUCAAACGAGAGUUAGUAGUACAACUGGUGGUGAAAAUUCGAUUGUUCAAAUGAUCGGAUCUCUUUAUGAUGCGAUUGAAAAUGAUUAUGGUGCCAUAUCUACAAGAUUAUAUCGUGCUUUUAGACCAAAACCAGUCAAAUCUUCAUCUACCUGGAGAUGGAGGAAAAUGUGCUGCCUUCCUUACGUAUUAAUAUUCGAAAUAGCCUUUAGUUUUUUAUUAAUUGGAAUGUGCGCAUUGACCGUUUAUGUCAUCCAAAAAACUUCAUCCACAACUGAGGACAUAAGCGAAAUCGUCCCGCUCAAUGUGAUUUUAAUAAUAACAGCUUUAGUCUUGGGAAUAGCAACAGUGGCUAAUCUUUACACUUGGUCGAAAAUGUUUAGAUCUUUGGUGUUUUCGCAACGACGACAUUUACAAAGAUCAAUUUCUAAAUUAGACACUGUAAAAUCUGAAGGAUUUCUUCAAGCUUUACGACAAGAGGUAAAUUUAAUGAUUGAAAUGGUAAAAUGUAUGGAUAGUUUGCAAGCUCAACAAACUCGAUUAGUUGUAAUUGUCGAUGGUUUGGAUAGUUGCGAACAAGAUAAAGUUUUGUUGGUCUUAGACGCAAUCCAUAUGUUAUUUUCCGACCCAAAUAGCCCGUUUAUUGUGAUUUUGGCCAUCGAUCCGCAUGUUAUAGCGAAGGUCGCUGGGAGACAGGCUGUUGAAAUGAACACCAGACGUCUUUUCAACGAAAGUAACAUCGGUGGUCAUAGUUAUUUGAGUAAUAUGGUUCAUCUUCCGUUUUAUUUACAAAAUUCGGGGCUUCGUAAAGUUAAGGUCGCUCAACAAACAGCUAAUGCACAUAAAAAAGUUUUAGCCUCAGCUUCAAAUGAAGAAGGAUUAAGUGUUCCUAGCCGAUCGUUAUCAUCUAGAAGGUUAUCGUCUGAAAACGCAUUAAUGUCGAGUACAGAGAAAUUAAAAUACAACGCAAGGAAAGGAUCGAGAAAAUUAAAAGUUUCUGAUUCCGUCGCGAGUUCGAUUGGUUCGAAUUUAAACUUAAAUAAAAUCGGAGGGGCGAUGGAUUUAACAAAAAUGCUUUUAACUGAUGAUUACUUCAGCGAUGUUAACCCAAAAUCGAUGAGACGUUUAAUGAACGUCGUUUAUAUUACUGGGAGACUUUUAAAAGCGUUCCAAAUCGAUUUUAAUUGGUAUAGAUUAGCAUCUUGGAUUAAUAUUACUGAACAAUGGCCGUUUAGGACUUCUUGGAUUAUUUAUCAUUACGAUUUAACUGAAGAAAAUUUAGAUGAUAAUACAUCGUUAAAAUCAUUAUAUGAUAAAGUACGUGUUCAUAUACCAAAUUUAAAAGAUAGCGAUCUAUUAGAUUUAGAUCGAGACGAACACAAAUUAGACAUCUUCCUAAGUUUCCAUAAAUCGAGCCUUUUAGUGAGUGAUUUAAAAAUUUUUCUACCAUUCACAAUUAAUUUAGAUCCCUACUUAAAAAAAGUAAUCAAAGUUUUUAUAGAAGAAACUCAAAAUCUUGAAGAAUCUGGACUGUUGUUCGGCCCUUCAUCAAGGCCUCAAUCCCUACAAAAUCAAUGGCCCCAACAAACUCCCGAUUGGCAUAUCGGUAGGCCGCCUGUAAAUCGGCGAACGCGAUCAUUCGUUCGACCUACAUCCGGUCCGACGGCUGUUGUUUUUCCUCAAACUGCUGGGGUUUUACCCUGGCACCAACCAUGGGGGGAUUUACCAUUAGCGCCUAAUCCAACUGCAUAUCACGCAUCAAUUGCGCCGGUUUCAUUACUUGCACCUAAUGUUUUGGAUGUUAAAUUAUCCUCGUUAAACGUUGAUGGGGUUUGUAAAUUACUCGACAAAAUGGAAGAUUUAUCAAUAAACGCGGUAGACGAAUAUAAAGCAGUCCUAAAAGAAAAUAAUAUCAACGGAAAAGUUUUGUUGCAUUGCGAUUUGGACGAGUUGAAGAAAUUGUUACGGAUGAAUUUCGGGGAUUGGGAAAUGUUUAAAGUAUUGAUAGUUUCGUUGAGGGAACACGAGAUGACUUCAGUUUUGGUGCAAGACGAAAUGAGGAACUCGAGAUAUCCUUCAAAACCCACAGCAACGUUAAUACCUAAAGAAAGGAGAGGAAGCGGAAGUGGCGGAUUUAAACAAACAACCAACGAAACUGAUAGUUCUAAAGUACAAGGUGAUUCGGGGAAUCGCAAUAAACAAAGUGUUAUUGAAAAACAGUAUCAGGUAACUUUAGAAGAUCAAAUGAUUUGUGGGGCAUUACAAACACUUAAUGAAGAAGCAUGUGAAGACAUUUUAGAUGAAGUUGUAGAUUCACACGAACCAGAUCCGGAUAUCCCAAUAACAUUUGUUGUUCCGCCAAGUCCUGAAGUAAACCAAGAUGUAAUAAAACCGCCAAAGUCCCGACAAAACAGUACAAGUGGUGUUGGAGAAGCUGACUUUAUUAUCCUGCAACCAUCCCCAUCAGGACCAAUUUCCUGGCAACCUGUAGGCGUAUCUGUACAGGGAAAUACUGAAAAUUUAAGCGACACCAACUCCCAAAGUAAUAGCCCACAAUAUUCACCAGUUUUAGAUAAUCGACCAUCUAAUAACAUAAAAUUAUCAAAAAUAAAACCAAACAACAUUGAAAACAAACCAAAACACAUUCUCAUCGAAGGCGGUGAUUCAGGUAAAUUAAAAACAACUCUUCUUUAUAACACAAAUACGAAGCAAACAAAAGGAAAUACUAGAGCUCGGCCAACAUCGUUACAUUUAAAAACGAAUCGUGAAAAAUUAAGAUCCAGAUCAAAAUCGAUCGAUACACCACAAAAGAAAGUAAACAGUUUCGAAAAGCUACAUAAAUUAAAAGAAAAAGUUUUACAUUCAAACCCGGAAUUAAACGAAGAUCCCAGUGAUAACGAAAGCACGCCUUUAGUGUCAUCCUCAACGAAAACUUCAAAUAGUAUUCGAUUAUCGUUACUUUCCGUACAAAGCAUCACACCUGACGAUUUACGUUACAGCAGCGGAAGUUUAGUCACUGAUUCAAACAGUAUUAGUUCUCCCCAAAAACCUAAAACUAGGAUGAGAACGAUGUCGGAAUGUGCGGAUUUAUCAACGUUUGUAUUCGAAACGAAAAGUAAAGCAGGAAGCAGUUUAAGCGUUUGUAGCGCAAAUUCGCAAUUAUCCAGACAAGAUGCGUUAGAUGCUGAGGUUACACCACUUUACGAGUAUCCUCAAUCAAAUAAAUAAAUGUUUUAAUAACUUAA